UGGGAGAGGAAGAAGCAGGCUCUCAGCGGAGGAUCCUGAUGUGGGGCUCGAUCCCAGAACGCUGGGAUCACGCCCUGAGCUGAAGGCAGACGCUUAACAACUGUGCCACCCAGGUGCCCCCCCAAAACCCUACUCUUAAUUGAAAUAUGGAAUAAUAAUGUAUUUGUGGCCUUGGACGUGAAGCAGUUAGCCUUCUGUUGCUGUUAACAUAGCGUCAAGGACUGAUGUUGUGGGAAGCAUGGACCUAAUGAACGGGCAGGCAAGCAAUGUUAAUAUUGCUGCUACUGCUUCCGAGAAAAGUAGCAGUUCCGAAUCAUUAAGUGACAAAGGUUCCGAACUGAAGAAAAGCUUUGAUGCUGUAGUAUUUGAUGUUCUUAAGGUUACACCGGAAGAAUAUGCGGGUCAGAUAACGUUAAUGGAUGUUCCAGUAUUUAAAGCCAUUCAACCAGAUGAGCUUUCAAGUUGUGGAUGGAAUAAAAGAGAAAAAUAUAGUUCUGCACCAAAUGCUGUUGCCUUCACAAGAAGAUUUAAUCAUGUAAGCUUUUGGGUUGUUAGAGAAAUUCUUCAUGCUCAGACAUUAAAAAUUAGAGCAGAAGUUUUGAGCCACUAUAUUAAAACUGCUAAGAAACUAUAUGAGCUGAAUAACCUUCAUGCACUUAUGGCGGUGGUCUCUGGCUUACAGAGUGCCCCAAUCUUCAGGUUGACUAAAACAUGGGCGUUACUAAGUCGAAAAGACAAAACUACCUUUGAAAAAUUAGAAUAUGUGAUGAGUAAAGAAGAUAAUUACAAAAGACUAAGAGACUAUAUAAGUAGCUUAAAGAUGACACCUUGCAUUCCCUAUUUAGGUAUCUAUUUGUCAGAUUUAACAUACAUUGAUUCAGCAUACCCGUCAACUGGCAGCAUUCUAGAAAAUGAGCAGAGAUCAAAUUUGAUGAAUAACAUCCUUCGAAUAAUUUCUGAUUUACAGCAGUCCUGUGAAUAUGAUAUCCCCAUGUUGCCUCACGUCCAAAAAUAUCUGAACUCUGUUCAGUAUAUAGAAGAACUACAGAAGUUUGUGGAAGAUGAUAACUACAAGCUUUCAUUAAAGAUAGAGCCAGGGACAAGCACACCACGCUCUGCUGCUUCGAGAGAAGAUUUAGUAGGUCCUGAAGUUGGAGCAUCUCCACAAAGUGGAAGAAAGAGCAUGGCAGCUGAAGGAGCCCUGCUACCACAGACACCGCCGUCCCCUAGGAACCUGAUUCCACAUGGACACAGGAAGUGCCAUAGCUUGGGUUAUAAUUUCAUUCAUAAAAUGAACACAGCAGAGUUUAAGAGUGCAACGUUCCCAAAUGCAGGGCCAAGACAUCUAUUAGAUGAUAGCGUCAUGGAGCCCCAUGCACCAUCUCGAGGCCAAGCUGAAAGUUCUACUCUCUCUAGUGGAAUAUCAAUAGGUAGCAGUGAUGGUUCUGAACUAAGUGAAGAGACCUCAUGGCCUGCUUUUGAAAGGAACAGAUUAUACCAUUCUCUCGGCCCGGUGACACGAGUGGCACGAAAUGGCUAUCGAAGCCACGUGAAGGCCAGCAGUUCUGCAGAAUCAGAAGACUUGGCAGUACAUUUAUAUCCGGGAGCUGUAACUAUUCAAGGUGUUCUCAGGAGAAAAACGUUGUUAAAAGAAGGCAAAAAGCCGACAGUAGCAUCGUGGACAAAGUAUUGGGCAGCUUUGUGUGGGACACAGCUUUUUUACUAUGCUGCCAAGUCUCUAAAAGCUACAGAAAGAAAGCAUUUCAAAUCAACAUCAAAUAAGAACGUAUCUGUGGUAGGAUGGAUGGUGAUGAUGGCCGAUGACCCAGAACACCCAGAUCUCUUCUUGCUGACUGACUCGGAGAAAGGAAACUCAUACAAGUUUCAAGCUGGCAACAGAAUGAACGCGAUGCUGUGGUUUAAGCAUUUGAGCGCGGCCUGCCAAAGCAACAGACAGCAGGUUCCUACAAACUUGAUGACUUUUGAGUAAAAGCCUAAGAGAGAAGCGAGGUGAACUCUUGCCCUAAGUAAGAGCGAGGCUGAUGAAGGUGCCAGCUGUGAGCCGGUUCUGGGCCGGGAGGAGCCCAGCGGCUCCGUCUCAGCCUUUGGAGUUCUGAACCAAAAAAGCACGAAUUUCAGGGAAUGAAGUGCGAUAUUCCCAGAGAACAAAUUGGAGUUAUCAAACAAACUGCCAUGGACCACGCUUCUUUUCUCUGAACUGACCUGCGGAAACCACUGCCUUAAAAGAAUGAAAGGAAAACCAACAUGAAACACCAAAUAGUGUGUGUGAAUCUUCCGGCGGUGCUGUGCUUGGAGUAGAUCGUAGCUAAUUUGCAUUUCUUUUAACUUUGUACUAAUUUUGGAGGGGGGAAUCGCCUUUUUUAGAUACACUUUAAAAAGGAAAAACAUAUUUCUUAUGGGUUAUGUGAGGGGCUGGUGUUGAGCGGAGGUGUGAAGAUGCGCUGUGUGAGGAGGAUGCCCCCAGUAGCCGGCCCGGGGGCUUCUCCGCAGCCCCCCGGCUCUCCCACGGCAAGUCUCGGAUUUAGACAUGUCCACAGCGGGACGUGCAGGGGUUCAUGUGGGAUUGGGGGUGGGGGUUGUGAAUGAGGGGAGAUUUUUUUUUUAACACUAAACUUCGGAAAUUUAGUACUGUAUGGGGAGCAUCGUGUCCUGCAGGCGGCAUGAAGGCUCAGUGUUCCUGAUCCAGACAGUCUUUUCAGGUGGGCUCCAGAAAACAUGGUUGUUUUUAACUGGGUUUGAAUUUAGCCUUCCAUAUGAAUUCGUUGUUGGACCACAGAUCUGCUUAGGAAAGAACUGUAAUCCCAACCUAAACUUUUCUUAGAUUUUACAGUAAUUAUAUUUUUUUCAAGUUAAUUGAAUUAUCCCUUCUACCAGUCACUGGGGAUUUUUGUCGUCAAGAUGACAUACUGGUAUUUCUUCAGAAUAUUUUCAUUUACAGUGUUUAAUGUAUACAAUGCCAGUAAUUUUUUUUAUUACUCAUUUUCCUUAUUUUUGUUCACUAGAUUCAGGAUCACAUUUGUUUAAAAGAGCUUCCACAUCUGUAUGUGUGUAUGUAUUUUAUUAUAAGGCACACAGAAUAAUUUUAAAAGGGAAAAAGGCGAAAGAUUGAGAUUCUGGGAAUCUUAAGUAUCAAAACUUUCCUUCCUAUGUAACUUUCCUUUAUUACAAAACACUUUUCUGAAAACUUACUAUAGGUCCCGGCCAUGAAACUCUGUUUUGUCAGCAGUUGACCAAGCUGUUCGUGAGAGCUCUUCCGUGCCACGGUGCGCUUAAUUUCCAGGAUAAAUGUCGAAUUGCAAAAAAGAAAAAAAAAAGUUAAAGAUGAGCUGCCUUAGAGUUUCAAAAAAUGGCACUUGAACAAAGGCUAUGCGUUAGAUGUUAGAACUUAUGGGGCGUCCUGUAUUUUAUCAGUGGCCCAAAGUAAGAAAGGCUUUUUGAGGAUCCCUUCCAAUAAACUUGUAAUACUUUGGGCCUCACAUAGAAUUUCUCACAUUUGCAUUCUUUAGUGAAUUCCAUGCGUUUUUUAUCAUCUAGAAGCCAUAAAACUUAAAUAUUAAGUAGAAGAUAUCGUCCACAGAAUAAUUAGCUAAAAGUCUAUCCAAAGGAAAGUAGAAGAGCUUUUGGAAAGGAUGUUAAGAGUCCAGAUAUUUUUCUCAUAUAGCACAGUUAGAAACACCAUUAUUUCUGGUUUUGUGGAAAGUGACAUGGGCUGGAGAGGGCAAAAUGUUGCCUGUGCUGAGUGAUUUUUCAAUUAAUGGUCUCCCAAGUUUAAGUUGGGUACACAGACCACCUGCAUCGCCAGCAGUAUUACUUCAUAGACCUUGCACAUCUUUCUUUUGUUUUACAUUUUUUAAAUUCCUUACUUUGUGUAUCUCUCUUCAGAAAUAAGUGUUUUUAACAGUGUAUGUGCUUUUUAAAAAAAAACUGUGGAUGAGAACCCUGUGGAUUUUUUAUUAUUGUUUUGUUUGUCAUAAAUAAGCUAAAAUAGGUACGUUUUAGGUUAACCAUAUUUAGGGAGAUUUGCAACUGGAAGUCAGAGCCUGACAUCACACAGUUUUGCCAAAGAGAGAGCUAAACUGGAAGAUGUGUUUGAUAUUUCAGCUCUAAACAUUAAGGGGUACUUGCCCAGGGAAAGAAUAGUGUUCAAAUUUGGUGAAUAGUCCCUAUAUAGAAUUGUGGCCUCUCACUGAGCGAAACUCUUAACACAGCUGUGCAGAAGUAGCCAUUGUUCUUCUCUCUUCAAAUCUGUCUAUUCAAAAGGUUAAGACAUUGCUUUUGAGGAUUAUUUUAGCAUUUGAAACAAAUGGAAACCAGUGAGAGAAGCGAAUUGAAAUAGCGUAGGUGAAUUUUUAAUCUAUAAUUCACCAAAUGGUACAGCAAUUCAAGCAAAGAAAAUAGGUCACCAAAAUAUAUUAAAUAUUUAGGUAGUUUAUUAGUAGGAAGAUGAAAAUUUUUUUCCUCUUAUUAAGCUUAUGCUUAAUAAAUUAGUAAAUUAGUGACUCAGAGCUUGGAAUCCUCUAUCAAUACUAAGCUCAUUUGUUUCUCUCCUAGCCAAGAGCAACUCAUUAGAAAUUCCAUUAUAUUUUAAAUUUAAGCUAGUUUACGAAGAGCAUAAAUAUUGGCAUAUUAUACGGUCUGGUGUAGUAGUAUGUAAUACUAGCCAAAAUACAGUUUGAGGCACAUCUCGUUUAUUUCACAGUUUAUUUGAACAUGGAAGCUUAUUUUUCAUACAGAAGUAACAUCAGUUUUUAACAUAAAACUGUAAAAAGAACCGCAUAAUAAUGACCUUCAGAGCACUAGUUUUGGUUUCAUGCCCUCCUCUGUGUUUGGAAUUCGCUUAAUUUUUUCAGAGGUAUUAUUAUCUCCAUACUAUAAGAAUUGAAAGAGAACUGAUCAAACACAACUUCCUAUAAACGUUUUCUUCACUAUGUAAAUAUUAUUUGUAUAAACAUUACAAAAAGGGAUCCAAACAAUUUGAGUAUUUUUUUUUCUCCCUGGGUACGUGCUUCAAGGACGAUUUGUUUUUCUGUGUGGAAAAUGCCAUGACUGUCGCACUACCUUUUGUGUGGACUGUCUUGGGAUUGGGUCUUUCCAUAUGUCAAGAGUUAGGGUGUUCUUCACUCCCAGGUUUUUGUAAGUGGCUUUAUUCCUCUUUAGAUGACUUCUAGAAAAGCCCAAGGAGCACUGCUGUUACAGAGGGGGAAAUGGCUGCUGUCUGUGGUAUACACACUCCACGGAUUGGUUGAACCUGGGGGCCCCAGGAUUACCAGAAUUUACCUGGCCACAUGACUUGAGCUGUGGUCUUCUGAGCUUAAACCCAUAAGCUAUACACCUUUCCUACUGAACACAAAACUCUAAGGCAUUAAUUGGAAAUCCAUACUAAUAGUAGACUUCAUCCAUUAACUGUUGAAAAGAAUAUAUCCACUGUUGAUUUCCUUCUUGCUUUCUGAGGCACAUUCCUUUCCACCCAGUCUUUAAACUACCAUAUUACCUUCUUCUGCCAACAAGGGGGAGCAGCGUUGCUUCACAGAGAUAAUCUGUGAUAAAAGAAAUCCUCUGCUUCAGAGGCUUUUGAAAUCAUUGGAUCCCUUUUUGAAAGUGAAGACGAGCUCACCUGGGCUGGGGUGGAGCUGUGGGGCUGCUGUUGCACGAGCAGAUGAUACAGGGCACGUGGUGAGGCUUGCCUGGCCUUUUUGGUGACCUUCUAGGGCUUGCUUUCAUUUUCUCUCUCCUUUUGUACUACUUUUUUCAAACAUAGUAAAUUUAUGAUUUUACAGCCAGAGUGGUAUUCUGUUUUUUCUACGCUUUGAGAUACAAACAUUGUUACUUAAUCACAUUGAUGACGGUUAUUUUCCACAUGAAGUCAACCUUUUCAAAAUGAUCUAAGCCCUUUUUGGUCUUGCUCCCCUAAAAAUGGCUUGUAACUAAAGUGACUUUUUUUUUUUCCCAUUUAGAGGAUUCUGAUGAAAGAUCUGUGCAUGCAAACAAAGUUACUGAAAGCAAUUUCGUUACACUGGUAUCUCAAGUUGUAGGGUGGGGAAGAUUUGGUCAGUGCCUUAACAAUUUGAAGACCAAUUUUAGGGCAUCGAGUAUGACAAUAAUCAUUUGCCCUCUUACUCCUCUAAUUUCAGGAGUGUGUGCUAGCCCUCUCUCCACCAGCUUACUCUUUCUCCCAGCAAGUGUAAGAGCGUCUGUGCAGAUAGCCUCCAGGUUGUCGUUGCAGGCCUCCGAGGUCAUGAGUCUCUUUAGACAGGCUCCCUCCCUGCUUCUCUCCUGCCAGGGCAGGAGAUAAAAAACAAACCCACCCAAAUCAGCCUUUAGACGAGCACUUUUAAGAAUAGCUUUGAAGAGCAUCCAGCUGAGUGUAUUUUUAUUUUGUGGUGUUGAUGUUGUUUUGAGCACCGAUUUAAUUACAAGGCCUUUCAGAAAACCCCUAAAGGAACACAUUACAGCCAGAAAGAUUUGUUGGGGUCUUAUUAAAGCUACUGAAAUCUUGUAAUGAGAUUUGACCAAAAAUGAGAUUUAGAUUGUUUCAUUCUUAUAUUUAGAUAAAACUCAGAACAAACAGGCAGUCAUUUAACCUACCAGAUAUUGUUUCCUUGGAAAUAUUAUGGCAGGAAAGUGAAAACAAUUCCAGUAUAUAAAUGUAAAGGGAAGCUGAGAGACUACACUAGCUUUCUUAGUCAAAACAAAACUUGGAAACAUUUUGCUUCUCUGAGACUCUUGCAAGAUCUGACACUGCUGUUGUUCAACUGAGUCAAGAUGCUAUUUUUCACAUUUUUUAAGGGCUAGUUGUAUUCCAGAAUAGGGAAGUAGACAUAGUCUUUAAAGCCAAAUGAAAUGUUGACUGAUCCUGGAGAUUAGCGGAAUUUAAAUUUUGCUUCUAGUCGUUUUGGCCUGCAAAGUGGUGAUGGAAUUAAGGGAAUAGAAUGCAUAGUUAGAGUGCUUUGACAGGAUUGCACUUUUUUUUUAAUAGACCAGCUAAAAAUUUCAUAAAUAUUACCUAUGCUUUAGAUAUCAGGUAACAGAUAUUAAGUUUCCCCUCAAGGUGUCAUCACCUAUUAGGACUAUUCACAAAUCUAGUCCAAUAAUUAUUGAUUUAUCAGGUCUGACACAGUGGCUGGUUAUAAGUCACCAGACUUUUCAAGAGUUUCUACAUCUUAAUUGUUGACAAACGUAUUGUUUCACAGCCCACUGAAGUGUGUAUGUGUGGGGAGAGGGUGGGGAACUCCUUCACAGUGGAAUUUGAAGGAGAGAAACAUCUGUGGGGGUAAACAUCCACUGAUGGUCAUAUACAGGAAAACACAAGCCAUUUUUAUUCUUCUUUAGCCCAGUUAACUCGAGGUACUCUAGUGAGGAAGCGCUGGGUUGCACUAUGACCUCCCUGAGCGAUGUGCAGCUUGGUUCCUCUCUCGCUUUCUGUUUCUGUUUAACAUGCACAUGUGAGUGUGAGAUCUUCAGUGUGUUUGCAUAAGCUAACUUAAAAUGAAUUUAAGUACAGUUUUCUGAAACAUUUCUACUGAAAUAAAUUACUUAAAAAUA